AUGAACGAUACUGCAUCUGAGUUUGAAAUUGUUGAAAAUAUCACUGAUAACAACGAAUUAUCAAAAAAAUCUUUGGAAAAAUUGCCAUUAGAAAGAAAUGAAUUUGAUACAUCAAUUAAAUGCAAUAAAGUAAAGGUGAAAAAAUGGCUUAUUUCGGUGAUAAUACGCCUUACAAAGAAAUGGCAGCCAAAAUUAUGUCAAUCAUUAUUUACUGAAAAUGAAUUAAUCGAAUUAUGCUAUCGAGCCAGAGAAGUAUUUUGGAUGCAACCUACUUUGCUAGAACUUAAAUCACCAAUAACAAUUUGUGGUGAUAUUCAUGGACAAUUUAAAGAUUUAUUAGCACUUUUUAAUUUGUAUGGUUUUCCACCUAAUCGACAAUAUCUUUUUCUUGGUGAUUAUGUUGAUCGUGGUCCAUUUUCUAUUGAAGUUGUAACACUUUUAUUUGCUUAUAAGGUACUUUAUCCACGUGAUAUAUACCUUUUACGUGGAAAUCAUGAAUCACGUUACGUUAAUCUUAGAUACGGAUUCUAUGACGAAUGUGUAUUAAGGUUUUAUAAAAUUUUUAUUUCAUAUUUUCAAUAUCUUCCAUAUAACUUUAAUAUUAGAGUAAAAUUUUAA